AUGAUUAAUGAAAUUCCCCGCGGAUAUAAUGUUCUUAAAAUUGCAAACAUUGAAGUAAUGCAUAAUUAUGACAAAGAAUCACGCCAAGUAACUUGGAAUAUUGGUGCCUCAGAUAUAUGGAAUUUCAGUGAGAUUCAUGAACUCUUUAAUUAUCUUCCUUUUUUCCUUAAAAUAGUUCCAUUUAAGGAACAAGAAAAUCCUCCCAAAUACACAGACUUCUAUUUUAAAGACACUGAUCCUAGUGAUCGUUUAAUUCUAGAACUUGAUUUUGAUCGAAAAUAUAUUGAAGGAAAUCGAUAUAAGGCUUUUACAAUAAUUAUUAACAAAAAAAUGAGUCAAGCUGUUAUAAUAAGGAAUAACAAAGAUAUACCUUAUUUAAUCGAGGAUGUUAUUAACAGAGUUCAAAUUUCAAAAUGUGUAAUUCCUUCAAAUAAGUUAAGCAAAAAACUGACACGUUAUACCAACUUCAAUUCACCAAUAAUUAAGGAUAUUUAUGAUUUGCGCUCGUUACUUAAACAAUUACCCGGCAAAGUUUAUGUCCAUCUUUUAGAAGAUAAGCUAAAAGAUCUUGCAACUUGCAAUUCAAAAUCAAUUCAAUGGUCAUGCUGGAUCCCAGACCUUGUACC